AUGAUUCGAGGUAAGGAGGUUCUUCCUCCUCCAGUCAUCACUAGAACUGGCCAAAAAAAGCCUCCUCCACCACCUCCGCCGUCCAAGGGAAGCAAGGCACUCUCAGCAGGCCCUCCCUUGCCACCGAGGAAUAAGAGCCAAGCAGCCUCCUCCCCAGUUCCACCCGCCCUUCCUCCUAGAACCCCAUCAGACUACAGUCGGUCGUCUAGUGAAUAUACACCCUCGAGCGCAUCCAUAUCUUCAAACUCGUCCGGCGCAGAUACCAAAACCGAUGUUUAUCGUGUUCGAGCUCCGGCAUGGGGCCAGACUGAAUUACCCUGUGUCACAUCAUGGAAAGGGAACACCAGAGACACCAAGGAUGAUGAUAGUAGCGAAAGGAAGGUGGAAGCAAUUAAGCCUGGGCCUGCUCCCGGCGCCCAAGGACUGAGAGGAAAUGUAGCAGCGUUACGGAAUCAAUUGGCUGGCCAUAAGAUCAUCGCUCCAGCUACCGCUCCUCCACCAAAGGCUACGAAACCGAAACUCCCUCCUCGCAUGAACUCGACACCUCUCCCGCAGACGGAUCAACCUCAGCAUUCCCACGGACCGCUGCUAGAAAGAGUCGAGUCGGCGCCCGCUACACAGAGAAAACUUCCUCCUCCACCACCGCGAGGAGUGGACCUACAAAAAAUCAAGCAGGUUACUUUCUCAACCCUGAACAGGAAUACCGACGAUGUUGUCAAGCAGAAUGCAAAGAGCUUAGAACACGCCAAAAUAAUUUCCCGUGCCCCUCCUCCAGUGCCUCUUGCAUCGCGGCCAAAGCUGCCUCCGGUACUUACCAGCUCAAAGCCUCAAAUCUCUUCUGCAGCUCGCAGCAAUACGGCAAACUCUGCCAAUGCACCAGCCGUAUGCUUUAAAUGCCGUGACUUCUCUGCCGCUGAUGCACACGCUGCUAACUUUCCUCGUCAAUCUCUUCCCUCGCACGAUUUGGCGUGGCUAUCAUCCCAACUCACAUAUCCAUUCCCAUCACUGACGGAUAAAGCACGCGUGCUCUUUACUUGGCUACAUCAUAACGUGCGGUAUGACGUGGAAAGCUUCUUCCAAGGCAAAAGAAUGCCACAAUCUCCCGACUAUGUGUUCACCCAUGGACUCGCCGUCUGCGCUGGAUUUGCAUCCCUAUUCGAAACCCUGGCAAAGCAUGCUGGUUUAGAAGCCAAAGUGAUAAGUGGUCAUGGGACGGGCUACGGCUGUACACCACUUGCCCUUGGGGCACCUAUACCUCCAUACGAAGGCAACCAUGCGUGGAAUGUGGUGCGCAUCGACAAUGGACAAUGGAAGCUCAUUGACUGCUGCUGGGGAGCGGGACACGUUGAGGGUGCAAAUAUGCCCUAUGUUCAAAGGUUCUCACCCAAGCACUUUAUCAUGUCGAAUAACGAAUUUGGACUCGACCAUUACCCUGCGAAUCGUUCUGACUUCUACCGCGAAGACGGACGUGCCAACAUCACCUGGGAAGAGUAUAUAGGCGGUGGUCUAAGGGCUCAGAUGAAUAUACCUAUCGACCCUCCUACUCUGUUCGAUAAUGCGACGGAAGACCACGGUAUCGGAAACUCGACCCUUCAGCCCGAAAUGAAGUCCAUAUCAAUCAGAGAAGUGUCCGGACGCUCUAUUCAUUUCCAAUUCGCACUCAUUUGCGAGCAUUGGUCUAUAGUUAAGCACGGCGGCAAGAAAGCCGCAUCUUUCUUCCUCCUAGCUACCCAUGGGCUCGACGGUAGGGAAGAUAAGUUUGUGCCUUUCAACCAUGUCCGGGGUACUAAUACUGCGGGAGGCGGCGACUACUGGUAUCUGGACAUUUCAGACGGUAGAACACUGGGCUGUGCUGGCCAGAGGUUAAUGAUAUAUGAGUUGACGAGCUUUGGGACCCGGACUGAUCUGCGUGGCUUGACGAUGGCAGAGUAUGAGCAAGGAGUCGGUAGGGUUGGGAUGGGUUUCAAAGCACUUGCUGAAUGGACGCUCGUUCAGUAG